AUGUCAACCAACUUUGGCGUCGUCGAGCUCGCGAGCACGCGCACGACCAACGCCCCCGGCUGGGCCUACGUGCCCGACGUCUCCAUCCAGGCGGCCGCGCUCAAGCAGGGCGGCGGCGGAGGCAACCGCAAGCGCGCCGCGCGCAACCAGCCCAACGCGAGCCUCUCGGACCUGACGGCGCGGCAGGCGACGAAGGUGCGCAGGGAGCUCGAGGCCCUCGACCGGGACAGCCAUCGGGAUGCCAACAUUGCCAUCCCCCCGAGGCCCGGCGGCGCCAGCAGCGCGAGGACACAGAACAAGCACACGCCCAACGUCCGCAAGAUACUCAUGUCGCAAAAGACCUUUGCCAACCACCUGGACGACUACUUCGCCAUGCAGGCCCUGCACGACGGUAACAACAGUCCGCACCCUGCAGCGCCCUCCUCGGCCGCGACGACGACCGCGGGCUCACGGCGGCCCGCCGCCCCUCCUCCCGGCACGGGCGGCUCGUCCGGCGGGCCCAGCAACAAGAAGAAGAAAGUCGCCGCCGCCACAUCCGCAGCAGCGGCGACAGAGACGGCCGAGGACACGCCCAUGCCUGACGCCGACGCCGCUUCCAGCGCCGCCGCCUCCCAGGACGCCGCCUCGACGCUCCUGGCGCCCUACACGGGCCGCAUGCCGCCGCCGGGGCUGGGGGACGCGGACCCGCUGCUCGCGAGCCGGGUGCCGCCGCUGCCGACGGACGAGGAGCUGCGGGCGCUGCUGGCGGCGCCCCCCUUGGCGUACGGGGAGGCGAGGGGCGAGGUCGGCGGCGGCGAGGGCCGCCGGCGGUACCCGGGGCGGGUGUUCUGCGAGGUGUGCGGGUACUGGGGCCGGGUGGCCUGCCUCAAGUGCGGGACGAGGGUGUGCGCGCUCGCGUGCCUCGAGGUGCACCGCGAGGAGUGUGUGACUAGAGCUGCUGCAUUUUCCAUCGUCAAGGCAUCAAAUCACUCGCACGUAGCACUACAUGUCAUGCCUAAGGCGGCUUUUACCUACAGUGGCUACCAUCGCUUACACGGAGAAACAAAGUGGCAAAGCCCAAGUCUUCAGACCUUUGGAGCUCAAGUUGGCCAGCGACCACAUCUCGUCAAGCCUUCUCCUGCACACACAUCACAUACACCCUCUACCUUCUCGCCCUCACGCUCCCCCCGCGUCACCUCAGCGGCUCCGCGGGUUAUCCAGCGUGAACUGGACGUCGCCCUUGCUCGCGCCGCCGGCGCACGUGGCCUUGAGGCUGCCCGUCGGGCACACGGCCCGCGCCGCGCGCACGCACUGCUCCCACCGGCCCUUGGAGAUGUUGAUCGUGGCCCCGCGCUCGACGGCGCUGAGCGAGAACUUGGCGCUGCCCGACGCGCCCGUCGUGCUGGUCGGCGCCCCGCCGCACUUCUGGAUCGAGCCCGCGAUGCCGCCGCAGAUGCCCAGCUCGGCCACGUUUUGGUCGUGGAAGACGAUGUUGCUGCACUGCGUGUUGACCACGGCGGCCGGGUUGACGGCGGUCGAGGCGCGCAUGUGCAGGACCUCAAAGUGCUCCAGGCGGACGGCGACGUGGGGAUGGCCGUGGGGCAUAGGCCGGGCGGUGAUGCCGGUGAAGGCGAGCAUGGCCGUGAGAAGGACGGCCGAGGACACCAUUUUCAAGACUUGAUGUGA